AUGGAUCCGGGGUUGGUGAAAGGGGGGAGGUUGAGGUAUGAGAAUUGUGUGGUGGAGGAGUUGGGGGGACGGUUGAAGGGGGAGGAGAGGGGGGGGUUUGAUGUGGUCACAAUGAUGGAAGUAAUCGAACACGUCCCACACCCGCACGCCUUCCUCUACACCGCCAUGUCGCACGUGCGCCCCGGCGGCUGGCUGUGCCUCUCCACAAUCUCGCGCUCCUGGAUCUCGUACCUGACGACGGUCUUUGUGGCCGAAGACGUCCUGGGGAUUGUUCCGCGCGGCACGCACGACUGGAACAAGUACCUGAACGCGGAGGAGCUCGAGGGCUUCUUCCGCGCCCAAAAGAACUGGGGGAGCGGUGGGGGGAUGGUCACUAUGGGAUGUAUGUACCUCCCAGGGUUGGGCUGGAAGGAGGUGAAGGGGGGCGAGAAGGUGGGGAAUUAUUUCUUUGGGGUGAGGAGGGACUUGGAGUAG